AGUACUUACUAGGUAACUCGGAAAUGUCCAAAAGACUAGAUGGUUGAAGUACACGUGCCGUCAACCAGUUAGCAAGUCGUACAUUUCCGAGUUCCAACUAGCACUUGAACGCGGCAUAAAUUCUGAAAGUCUUCACGCUCUCUCCCAACCAAAAUAGUUUCUCCUGGAUUUUGCACCGACUCGGAUAAAUUAUUUAUUCUCGGGAUAACAAUAAGAUCGUGCAGAAACAUGCCUGACAAGAACAGUCGGCUGCGUCAGGCUCAGGAAGAGGCGGAGGAGGUGAAGGUCAUCAUGAUGGACAACAUGGAGAAGACCGAGGAACGCAAGGCGAAACUGCAGGACCUUGACAAAAGGGCUGAGGAACUGAAGUUAAAAAGCAAGUCCUUCCACAAGACCUCAAUGAAGGUGAAGGAGCAGAAGAAAUGUGACAACAUCAAGGCCAAAUGGAAGCUCAUUGCUGUUGUUGCAGCCUCGGCCAUAAUUGUCAUUCUAGUAGCUACCUUCAUGUUGGUCAACAGAUCAAGCCCUGAAAACACACAUGAUAUAGGCAGUAUCCCAAUGAACGAAGGAGGCAUUACACCAACAACCAUUGGGCCUGGGAAGUAGGCUAAAGCCUAGAAUCAAUAGGGCUGAAGAGGAAACAAAUAGUGGGCACUACUUGAAGGAUACUAAUAUCGGUCAAAAGUAUUUUCUAGCUUCUGUUGUUGAUACUUUACUUGUCCUUGUACACCCAUUGGAGACUACUACAGAUCCAUCAGGGAAGAUAAAUAACUUAUUAGGUGCAAAACUUGUUAAAGAAUUGCAUUAUUCAGAAUCUUGUUGGGAUUACCAAUUAUCUGUAAACUAUUACAUCUGAUAAUAUUGAAAUCAGAAACGGUAAGACAUUAGGGGUGAUGAGAGAUUUGAUCUAUUUCCUUUCAACAGCAUUUAUAAUGCAUUACUGUACAUCUUGGGAUACAUAACUAAGGGUAACCUGAACAUAAAGUUGUAUUUUGUAGUUUAUUUGAAAAUACCAUAUUUUCAAAUACUCGUGGCAAUAAUUACUUUUGAUAUUCAAAUACAGGUCUCAGAAAAAAAAAAUCUGUAUUUUGAAUACGUGUUUCAGAAAAUACUGCAGAGAAAUAGCUAUUUUUUGAAGAAAAAUAUUUUAUGGUUGCCAAAUAUUUUAUGAAAAACCAAAAACUACAACAGUUGCAUUGAAAUAUAAUGACCAUAAGCACAUGGUUUGGAGGGCUCCUAGAUAUGCAUCUUAAUAUAGCCUAGAAUUAAAUACAUGAAGGACAUGGAAUCCCCUCAACAUUAGAGUAGACCACUUUUGCAGCUUAAAAAUGACCAACAAAUAUACAGUAUUUUCAUAAUGAUUGAGACAAGGUAAUACAGUAACACUUGACAUCAAGUUCUUAUACAUGUGUAGUAAUUUUGUGACAAUAGCGACAUUGUUGUUACAUAGGACUUUGGAAAUUGCUUUAUAAUUGCACAAUGGAGUUAUUACACAAGUGGAAUAAGGAUAGUCAUAAUUCCUCGUGUACAUGAGUUAAAAAUUCAGCUCAUUGCUAUGCAAUUAAAAUGCAAUUACCAAUUAUGUAACAUGCUAAUAAAAUUUUGAAGUUUUAUUACAGGCACAAGAACAGUUAAGUGGAAUGCUAAUGGUUACAAAAUAUGGCUAUUAAGUGUCAAAAGGAAACUAAAUAUCUCAAAACUUAAAUAACUAUAGCCAAGGUAUGUGUCAAAUCAUGUUAGUUUGUAUUCUGAGUAAACUGUCUCUUUAAAUAUGUUAUAGUGUGUGUUUGAAACAACACUUACCCACAGAUGGACAAAGAGUUAAGUUGUUUUUGCUAAGCAUCCAACUUGCUGUUUGCAGAUGGCUUUGAAUUUCUCUGCAGUAAUUUCAGGUGUCAUAAAAUUGCAACUUUCUACCUUUUCAGUGGCAUGUUGAGUCAGUCGAACGUCAACUGAUUUAUACUUAUCUUUACAAAAUAUCAUUGGUUUGACUUGAUUAUUUACUCCUAUGGCAAUGGACAUUUACAGAAUGUUCAGAUGUGUUGUGUAUAUCAAAUAUGACUGUCAAACAGAUUGGUAUAGUAUAGGAGAUUGUGUGCGAGCGCUAUUCAUUAUUUAUAUCUUCAACAUGCAGUUGCAGAUCAACUAACAAACUUUAAGGCAGACAAUCCAAUAGUUUCUUAAAAAGUAGCCACUUCCUGAGAUCGGUAUUGAAAUAUAAAAACAAGGUACUUGCUUUAUCAGUUGCGUAUUGAAAUGGUUUUAGAAAAAUAGUCAUUUUUUGGGAUCUGUAUUCAAAUACUUUGUCACCUCCAAAGUAAAUAUGUUCCCCCUUAAAUGGUUACCUUCCACAAAGCAUAGUUAAAACUAAAGUUAUCCCAGAUCUGAACCUGAAUAACCUCACAUUUUCAAUGACACCAUUCAUUUCCCAAAGAUAUAUCCAGACAAAAAUGUGUUUAUAUUUUACUGAAGGUACACACCACCAUUUACUCUGUCAUUCUUGAAGGACUAGUUGAUAGACAUCACAUGUUGACAAAACAAGGCAUUCCAUUGUCAAGAUCAGGAUUUAACUGACAAUAUAAUUCCCUUUAAAAUUGGUCUGAGAAAUGUAUUUCAACAUGCAACACAAUUUUUAGAAAUGAGUGUAACGUCCCUCAAUGCUGAACUGAUUGAUAGUCACAUUAAAUAGGCAAUAGCAAAAUGCCCUUGCUUGCUAAACUACGUUUGUAGUGUAAACACAAUGGGAUUAUGUUGUUGACAAUGACACCUGUUCAACCCUUUUAUAAACAGUCAACAGGAACUCCCCAAUAGCCAGCUGUGUCUAGUUCAUUGACCAGUUGAAUGGACAUUCAGUCAAAAAUAUGUUUUGUUAUCUUGCAAUUGCAUUAUUGAUUUAUUUUAUCCAGUAAAUUAAAGUUGAUUUAAAAAAAAAAAAAGUACAUUAACCCUGAUUGCUCAUUAUUUCAACACGAUUGGCUGGCAAUUACCAAUAGGCUAUUUUGUCUAAGUGAUUUGAAUGCAUCAACCUUACUGCAUUCCAAAGGGGAAAUAAUCUCCUUUCCCUCAUCACAACUCUGCCAGAUGGUUUAGAAUGUUUAAAUUCCCGUAAUACAUACUUUGACUCUCUCCUUUCAACCUAUCCAAUCAUUUGGAAAAAGUCAAGGACAAACUAAAUAUAACGUUUUUAAAUGGAAUUCAGCCUAGGGCACAUGGCAUUCGUUUUGCAUGCCAGUUUACCCCGGUGAAGGGAUUUUGCACUUAAUUCAAAAACCUGCAUCUCCAGGAGUGACAUCGAAAGACAACUGUUCCACCCAAUGAGAUGUAUUAACCGUAAAUGACUGAACGGGGUGCUCGUUUGAAGAAACUGCGCAUCCAGGGGCGUCAUUUCAGCAAAACAAUUAAGCUAAUUUACUGCAUUUCUACACAAUUUAAAAACAAAAACAAAGACAUUAUCACCUUGUUUCAUUCACAUCAAUAGGGGACUUGCCUAAGCAUCAGUGUAAAUGGUGCAUGUCCGUGGCAGUGAAGUCAGAGGCGCAGGAAAACAAACUUUGUAUUAACACCGUCGUUUAUAAGUGCUAAUAAAACUCCAAAAAUAAGUGGGUACAAAACCCGUCACACAUCGACACAUGACUUGCACAUAACAUAAAAUAAUAAAUCUCCGACAAGGACAUGAGGGGGAACACACAUGUAAAAUACACACAUGUUAAAUACACAUGUAAUUGAUGGGAUUGGAACCAGGUGUGAAGGAAGACAAGACAACAAAAAAACAAUGGAAAAUGGAUCAGUGAUGGCAGAAGGUCGGUGACGUCGACAGCCGAACACCGCCUGAACAAGGAGAGGGACCGACUUCGGCGGAAGUCGUGACAAUCAGACUGUUACCAUAUAAUAUUCGGUCUGAAAUAAGUAUGCCUAAAAUAGAAGAAAA